AUGGCAAGAAAGCAUGAAGGAGUUCUCCCUAUACUAUACGCCCUAUUACCUAAUAAGCGUCGAACAACAUACGUGAAAAUGUUUCGAAUGAUAACUGAGAUGUCUGCAGAGUUGCAACCAAAGGGCAUUUAUUGUGAUUAUGAACAAGCAGCUUUUUCUGCAAUGACAGAAUGUUUUCCGGAUGUGGAGUUGAAAGGCUGCUUCUUCCAUUUUGCACAUAAUAUUCAUAAGCACCUGAAACAACUUGGGCUCCAACAUUUGUAUAAUAAUGACCCCGACUUCUCAGUAAAAGCCAAAAUGAUCGUUGCUUUAUCUUUUGUACCUAUUUCUCACAUGGAUGUUUACAUCGAUGCUUUGGCGCAAUAUUUACCUGAUGAACUCCAGCCGUUAAUGAACUGGGUCGAAGAUAAUUAUGUAGGAAGACCUCUGAGGAGGGGAAAUGGCCGACGUUCACCACUUUUCCCUACACAAAUGUGGAAUAGGUUUAUAGUAGAACGAUAUUAG